GGAGGGAGGAGGGAGCAGGGGGCUGAGCUGAUCCCACGUGUGACGCUUUCAUUCCCGGCUCAGUAAUAUUCUCAUAGCGGGGCUUUGCAUAUCUCCUGCCGUAUCUGUGUGUGUCUGUCACUGUUACUGUAGUCCCAGCCUAUAGUUUGGAAUAGAUAUGGAAGGAGACGGGAGUCAAGCCACAUCCGGAAGCCUAAACGAUUCACAACAUGACCCGGGUAAAAUGUUUAUCGGUGGCCUCAGCUGGCAAACCUCACCAGACAGCCUUAGAGACUAUUUUAGUAAAUUCGGAGAAAUAAGAGAAUGUAUGGUGAUGAGGGACCCCACGACAAAACGCUCAAGAGGAUUUGGGUUCGUUACGUUUACAGAUGCUGCCAGUGUAGAUAAAGUCUUAGCUCAGCAACACCACGAAUUAGACUCAAAGACGAUUGAUCCUAAGGUUGCCUUUCCCCGUCGCGCCCAGCCUAAGAUGGUCACAAGAACAAAGAAAAUAUUUGUGGGUGGCUUGUCAGCCAAUACAGUAGUGGAGGAUGUGAAGCAGUAUUUUGAACAGUUUGGGAAGGUUGAUGAUGCCAUGCUUAUGUUUGAUAAGACUACUAACAGACAUAGAGGAUUUGGUUUCAUAACUUUUGAGAGUGAAGACAUCGUAGAGAAAGUCUGUGAAAUUCAUUUUCAUGAAAUCAAUAACAAAAUGGUAGAAUGUAAGAAGGCCCAGCCCAAGGAGGUGAUGUUCCCACCAGGUACACGAGGGCGAGCCAGGGGUCUGCCCUACACCAUGGAUGCCUUCAUGCUGGGGAUGGGCAUGCUGAGUUACCCUAAUAUUGUGGCAACGUACGGCCGCGGAUACACUGGAUUUGCACCCAGCUACAGCUACCAGUUCCCUGGCUUCCCAGCGACAGCAUAUGGACCGGUGGCGGCAGCGGCAGUAGCAGCAGCGCGUGGCUCAGGUAGGGGGGCCCGUGGAAGAGGCGGCUACUUGGCGUACCCACAGAGCACAGGGCCAGGCCUCCCCGAUUAUGGGUUUUACUCUGCGCCCAGUGACCAGAGGGGGGGGCCCUGCUCCUUUGCUGACUAUGGCUCCCUGGGGCCCCAAGCGGCUCAGAUGCUGCACAGUGAGCAUGCCACCUCCGCCUGCAACUCCCCCCUACAGCACCUACACAGCCCGGAUCAAUUUAAGAACCCAGGCACCAACCCGUCAAGGCCCGGAGGUUUCCCCGGUGCUAACAGUCCAGGGCCUGUGGCUGACCUGUAUGGACCUAGCAGCCAGGAUUCAGCUGUGGGCAACUACAUCAGUGCUGCUAGCCCUCAGCCUGGCUCUGGGUUUGGCCCCAGCAUCACAGGCCCGUUGAUUGCGACAGCUUUUACAAAUGGAUACCAUUGAACAGGUGGCGGGUUGCCAUCUCAUCAGAGCAGAGUAUAUCUGGUGGCCCAGGAAAGACAGGACGAAGUUUCUAAUUGGCUUUGUGUGCAGGUGAUGCUAAUCCAACUUCAAGCACUACAGCGUCACCCAGGCAAAAUGAACGAAAGUCGGAACCAUAUGAAGAAGAAAAGAAAACGUUAGUCAUCUCAGAAAAUAACAACUGCUGUACUAUAAUCCAAACCUCCUAUAACUUUACAACCUGGUUUGGUAUGAUGUUUCACGUCGAGUUCUUUCACCUGUUUCUUUCCUCUGUUAGCUUUUGAUUAGCUCUUAGGAAGUCAUUUUAGUUCAACAUUAAUUUGGUGUCAUUUUAUUUUAUCUUCUAGUGUUGCUGUGUAACUGAAUCUUUAUUUUGUUUUCUUCGAAGUACGGGGGGGUCAUAGCCAAGAAUAUCCGCAAGUCACGUCUUCAUCUUUGUAUCGGUUGGUGUAAAGGAAAAAAGGGUCGGGAUGUUCCAUUCAGUCUUUCUGCUAAAAAAAAAAUAAAAAAUAAAAGUAAAGAAGCUCAGUUUGGGAAGACUUGGAGAAAAAAAAAUACAUUUUAAGGAAAAUUUAAAGAAGGUAUCUAAGUAAUAAAUCUUAGUAGCUGUUUCAUUUCUUGUGAUGUCUCAUUGUUAACCAUAAUUACCUAUUUUUGGGCAAUACAAAGAGGACUCCAAUAUUUUUAUGGUCCUUUUUUAUAAGUGUUGUUUUUGUUGUUUAGAAAUAUAUAUAUAUGCUAUAACAAAUUUCAUAUAACUACAUUGUGAAUUCAAACUUGAGAAAAAGAAAUGUAGCUGUACAUAUUAUUCCAGUCACUGCAUAUAACCAACUCAGUGAGAGAAUAGCAUAUUUUUGUGAUGGUGUGUCAAAAGAACAUGUUAUAGCGUGUGAAUAGAAGAAAAAGCUGUAAACAGUUAUUAUUCUACUUUUUCUGCUGGAAGACGGUGUUAAAAAGCCCACAGACGAACAGAACACACACUUGCUCUGUAAAUACUGAAGCCGAAUAAUUUUACAAGUGUCAUACCAGCAAAUUCAAGUCAACACAGUUUUGAGAAAUAAGAAUGAUAUUAAAAAAAAAAAAAAAAAAAAAGAGCCUGAUUGGUAUCUUUUGUCUAACUGUUAAGAGAUCAUUUAAGAAAAAAAAAAGAUGAUUUAAUCCAAAGCACACUGUACUUAGAUGUGAAGAUUAGAACUUGAACCAGGCAUUUUACAGUGCUCUGUGGAUCCUGACACUUUUAUACUCUUGAGAAGAACUUGUUAGCUGUACGUUCUGAUGUUUGUUUCAUCCUCCUGCUUGUUCCUGAUUCUUUUUAUUUUAUUUUUAUUCUUUUCUGUUUGGAACACGAUAUACCUGGGCUCCGUGCUAGAGCCCUUCUGUGUAACGCUCAAUCCGUUCUUUUUGAAUGAAUUAGGAAAGUAAACGUUUUGAUACCAUACCUCAGCCUUUGUGAGUUCUAUUGUGGAAUCAUUGGCAGGUUGUUAAUUUAUUCUAGUGGCAAAAUAAAUGAAAACACUGAAAGGUAAUUAAGCAAGUAAUCAUUGCACUGUGAGUAGUAAGUACAGGCCAUUUUCCGAUUUGCACAUGUAUAUGUUGGCUUUUUAAAAAGUGGCCCUGUGCUUUGGGAUAGUAUGAAGGAUUCUGGGGGUUAACGUAUUAUCGACUAGAGAAGCGCUUCAAUGCUUUGUGAGGUGAGUUACCAGCUUGGGGACUAGUAACCCAUAUGUUGCAGUGUACACUUGGAUUUCUUUAUAUAUCAGACCCAUGUCUCAUCUGAGGAUAUUUAUACAGGGUCAAGAGAUGACACUGAAUUAUUCACGAUCUGUGGCUGCACCAGGUCUUUACGCAGCACGUGUGCUUGAUGGUUUUAUUCAUAUUAAUAACGAUAUGCUCCCGAGUCUGGUUUUUAAAUUCAUCGCCGCCGCAGACGUAUUUGUUGUUUUGUUUUGGGUUGUUUUUUUUGUUUGUUUUUUCUUCUUUUGUUUGUUUGUUUGUUUGUUUGUUUUUUCAUUUUUGAAACCCACAACCUUGUUGUUUCAUUUCUUUUCUUUCAAAACAACCAGGUAAAGAAAUAUGCUGGAUACUUCUGAGGUAAACGAUAAUGGUGGUGUGAUCAAGUAAUAAUUUAAAGAGAAAAUAAAAAAAAACCCUUGUAAUGUUCAAAUGUAAAAGAAAAUAAGAAAUACAAAACUAUAAAAAAAAAAGAAAGAUGCUUCUUUGCUGAUUUCAAGUUUAAUCAGAGUUUUAUUGAUACUUUGUGGUUUAUAUAUUAAUAAUUGUAAUAUACUAUUAAAAUGUACUGUGCAUCCAUUACUUUCUCUCUUUCCAUUCCCCAUCCUCAGAGAUCCUACUAUCUUUUGUUGAUCAUUCAUGUAUGACAUUAGUGUGUAAAGAAAUCACAGUUAACUUGUAAACAGAGUGCUGUCUUUGAUACCAGUGUAGUGCUCUUUGUUGUUCUCCCUUGCUCUACCUCUCCUUUCUCUCAUAUUUAUCCCUCUCCCUCUCGCGCUCUUUUUCUAUCUCCUGUAAUUACAAAGUAGAUGUUAUAUAGGACUCAUUAAUAUAAUACUUGUAGUGAAUAGUGGAUUUAGGACCAGUCAAGAUAGACCUUUCUCUCAAUGAUCAUGUUAUUCUGGUAUUUGCAGACAAUUAUUUUGUUAGAGGUUCAUUGUAAUUAAUUCCCUGUAUGUAUUUUUUUUUGUUUUGUUUUGUUUUUUGUUUAUUUUUGGUUUGGUUUUGCCACUCUCACAUGGUUUCAGCUAACCAAAGCUCUCAUGGAUGAACAAUAGAGAAAUAGUUGCUGUAAGAUGGAAUUGUACACAAGGCAUUAUUUGGAUCCCCACCCUUGAAUGUUUUUAAAGGGGUGUGCCAUACUACCUUAAAUGCUAACGCUAGAUAUGCAAAACUUUUAUUUUGGAUUGUUUUCUAAGAGGGACACGAGCUAAAAGAAAAAACAAAAAAGAAAAAAAAGAUUUUGUGUAAAAUAACGUUUCAUAUUUUUUUAACUCACUACCACAAUAGUCAUAAUAUAAGUGGAGGAGCUGUUUAAAGGAUCUCUUCUGUCUUUUAACAUGUGUGCGUUUGCCUCUGGCACUAACACUGUUUGUGAUCUCUUCGUUCCCUCAGAGCUGUUAGUGAUCACAAACGGAUAAUUCCAGUCAUUUGGAUCUUUGAUUGUGGGAAGCAGUUCUUUUGUCAUGAUCCGUUAUCAGUGUUCUUCACACUACAGAGGCGUUACUGUAAAGAAAUGAAAAGCGGAAAAACCAUUAGCAGGUGUUAAAGGAUGCAGAGUGUGUCGAGGCUGAUUAAUAGAUGGUUCAGUCCGUGUCCUGAGUUGGACCAGCACCCUGAAGCUGUGAUUCAUUGCUAAGCUAGAAGAGAUUAUAUUACAACGUUAAUUUAAAUGCCUCUAGACACCACGCUGAACGAUGCCCACCAUUCACAUGUUAGAGUCACACACGCAGCUGUGUUUCAGGCAACAACAAACCAGUUCCAAUCAGACACAAUCUACGUUUUAAACUCAAUACCGUUUGAUCUGCUAGUAAAGUAUAAAUUACAUAACUCACUCUCAACCUAUACAGCCUGUUACAUUUCAUAGAGUCAAAUAAUUCUGAAAUGAAUCCAAAAAGCACACGGGACACUGUGUUAUUUAAAACUAGAACACAACAAUCAUAUUCUUUGCAGUGUAGCUAAAAGCGAUCAAGUCGAACGCCAAUUUGACUCAUUUUGGUGUGAAAAUAUUUCAAUAUAUGAUUAUAUAUAUAACAAUAUAAUAUGAAAAUAUAAAAGAAUAAAUUAUUUGCGUGGAGAUAAGUGGGCUUUUAUUCUGACAGGGUUAAAGAAAGUGCUCCUUACAUUUAUGUGCGGCAUUUUUCUUCAGUUUAUUUCUAUUUAUUAACGCAGAUCCCUUACAGACUGACACAAGGCGCUCCUUAGGAGAUACGGUCAAUUCCAACUAUACUGCCAUUUCAUCUGAAAAAACCUGGAACAGCACAACAAGGAUGGAGUAUAUUGUCUUGUUUUCCACUGUUGGUGCGUGGCAGAUCUUAGACUAUAAUUAACUCCUUUUCACAGGAAUAAAAAGGCUUGAAAUGGCUCAUUUUCCCUCACACAAUACAAACGAAAUUGACUGCUUAUGUUUUGUGAUCCUGUAGCUUGGACUUUAAGGUAGCAUGGCUCUGUUGCUGUAAUUUCGUUUUAUCUCAAACUGACAGCAGUUUACAGCUGAUGAAUGUUACACAUCUUAGUAGACUAGCUUAUCCAUUCGGGGAGAGGGGAGGGGUCUUGGUUUAAGAAAAAAAAAAGAAUCAAAAAAGAAAAAAAGUCAACCUGGAAGGUGUUGACAUUUGUAGUGUACUACCGUAUCCAUUUAAACUUGAAUCUCGAGGCAAGUGCUAGGCAAUGGCCAAACGAUUAUUUAUCCCAUCCGCUGCGGGAAAACGUCCGCCCUGAAACGCCACGCGCUUGUGAGAUUUCUGUCAUCCUGGAGUCGACGAGUGUUUCCUGUUCAGGAACAGCUUGCUCCUCCGCAACAGCGAGAACGUCAGGCAAGGCCUUUUUUCAGACUGCUCUAUUUUAAUUAGACUGACUUUGAAGGCUCUUUGAAUGUUCUCGAGCAUUUAUAUCCAAAAGAGGCUUAUUCAUAGUGGUGCUAAUGGUUUUUAAACCGGACAACGUGCCCUUAUCUCUGAGAGAUACUGGAUACAGUCACAGUGACCACAAAGUUAGUCUCCCAGUCCACAAAGUGACUCUCUAACAUUACUAUUUAUAGUUUGGGCUCUCUUGUUUCAGGAUACAACAAAGAUCAGUUCAGGUUCACAGAUCUACACUGAACUCUUCAAGGUGACAGAAAUAGCACAAUGUUCACUGUACUGUUGUGUUUUAGGGUGAAUUUCCCCCUCAGUCUAAACCAUUGCCAUCUCACCCAUGCUCAUUACGAAAUAUAUACAUACAGUUGCAACAUAUAUAUAUACACAUAUAUAUAUAUGUGUGUGUAAAUGAAUAUAUAUUUACAAUGUUCACUCAUUGGCACGUAUAAUAUUAGACUGGAGACCUCAGCUGUAUACAGAAAACUCCUCGCACAGCUACACCCAGGUUCACACAUAGUCCACUCGUCAUCGUUAGCUUGCGUUCACCAACACGAGAGUUCACCCCCGGCGUGAGUUUGGAGCAGACCGCGUGGCCAAGAGGGGAGCCUGGAAGCUCUUCAGACUGCAUGGACGGCAGUGUGAGGCUCUGCUGUGCUUCCAUGUUUCUGCGGGCUGAGCACAGAGCUCUCUUCACUGCUGUCUGCCCAUUCCUAACACUUGCCCCUUUUUUUUUAUGUUAACCGACUUUUUAUGGCGAGAGACAGACAGACUUGACUGACAUCUGAAAGCAUCUUUCAGGUUAUCAUAUGGCUUGCUUAAGCCCUGUUGUAAAAUAUACUAAAAAUAAUAAUGAUAAUAAUAAUGGAUGGGGGUCUCUCACAUAUCAAAUGUGGAAAGUCUAAUUUUAUAUUUGUAUUUUCAAAUAAUAAUAUUGACAAAAAAUGUCUGUGAAAGGUUUCCAUCCUCUACUGUGGUCCAGAAAUUGAUGUGUCUGUCUGGAAAAUAAAUAAAAUAAACUGAAUUGUUAUAUUA